AUGAUUAUCUUGGCUCUCAUCAACAUACCCGUCAUGGCGGUCGUCCUCAACGUUCUCAAGCAGUUGGUUCUGCCGAGGGAUAAGUCCUUGCCACCAGAGGUGUUCCACUGGCUUCCGUUUAUUGGCUCUGCCCCAUCUUAUGGCCACGAUCCUCUCAACUUUUUCUUUAAGUGUCGCGAGAAGUACGGCGAUGUUUUCACUUUCGUGCUGUUUGGACGCAAGGUGACAGUCGCUCUGGGUGCAAAGGGCAACAACUUUAUCCUUGGCGGUAAAGUUGCUAACCUAUCGGCUGAGGACGCGUACACGCAUCUUACUACGCCAGUCUUUGGCAAAGAUGUGGUCUACGAUGUUCCAAACGAGGUUUUCAUGGAGCAGAAAAAGUUUGUCAAGGUUGGUCUCUCGACGGACAACUUGCGCGCCUACGUGGGCAUGAUUGAGGACGAGGUGACCGAAUUUAUGAACCGAGAUUCGACUUUUCGUGUCUACCAGGAGAACGAUAUCAACGAGUGGGGUCGGUUCGACGCGCUCAAGGUGCUGGCAGAGAUCACUAUUCUCACGGCAUCAAGGACGUUACAAGGCAAGGAGGUUCGAAGUAACUUGGACAAGAGUUUCUCGGAGCUCUACUCGGACCUGGAUGGAGGUUUCACUCCCAUCAACUUCUUGUUCCCGAAUCUGCCUUUGGAGAGCUACAGGAAGCGAGACCGCGCUCAACAGAAGAUGACCGACUUCUACGUCAACAUCAUCAAGAGUCGACGAGAGGGUACCAGCACUAAUGAUGAGACCGAUAUGAUCGCAGCCCUGUCCAAUCAGAAAUACAGGAACGGACGCCAACUCCCUGAUCACGAAAUCGCACACAUCAUGAUUGCUCUUCUCAUGGCUGGCCAACACACGAGCUCUACCACAGGUUCCUGGGCAAUUCUUCACUUGGCUCACAGACCUGAUGUUGCCGAGGCCCUUUAUCAAGAGCAAGUAAAGCAUUUCUCGAACCCUGACGGUACGCUCCGCUCGCCGACCUAUGACGAGAUCAAGACGCUUCCCGUGCUCGACGCUAUCAUCCGCGAGACCCUCCGCGUGCACCCUCCUAUUCACAGUAUCAUGCGCUAUGUCCGCUCCGACCUCAUCGUCCCGCCUACACUCGCAGCGCCUUCCAAAGACGGUCAGUACGUCGUACCUGAAGGCUACUACGUCCUUGCAUGCCCUGCUGUCAGCCAAGUCGACCCGGAGUUGUGGACGAAUGCGUCCGAAUGGGACCCGACGCGGUGGAACGACUCGGAGGGCGAGGCACAGAAGGCGUUCAAGCAGUACACGGACGAGAAUGGGGAGAAGGUUGACUACGGAUUUGGCGCUGUGAGCAAGGGGACUGAGAGCCCAUACCAACCCUUCGGCGCAGGCAGACAUCGGUGUAUCGGAGAACAGUUCGCAUAUCUCCAGCUUGGUACGUUGCUUGUCACCAUGGUCCGCAACAUUGAGAUGCGGUUAGAGACGCCUUUCCCCGAGCAUAAUUACCACACGAUGAUCACGAUGCCGAAGGAGCCGCGCAUGAUCAGCUAUCGUCGGAGGAAGUUCGAUUAG